UCAGUUUGCAAAAUAAGGUCUUGGCGCAAAGUGUGCUCAGAGGAAUACAGCAGAGCUUACAUACCUUAAGGAUAUACCACAAGGACUAGAUCAAUGCAGCAAUCCAUGUUGCUACUGGCUGUGACAGCCAUCCUGCUCUGCGCUGCAGUGGCUCUGCCCAUAGAAAUGUCCAAAUCCGAGGAGGAUUGGCUGGAGCAGAUGCUGACGGAGAGCGAAGACAGCUAUGAGCUGCCGGACCUGGGCGAGAGCACCGGAAACCACAUCAGUAAACGAUCUGCCAAGGAUGCCAGCAGCUCCUCUGAGGAGCAUAAGGGCCAGCUCAAGGACAAGGCGGACAGUUCCGGGGCCUCCUCCUCCGAGGAGCAGACAACAGCACUUGCGCAAGAAGAAACUACUACGGAAGUAGCCGCUAGGAAACGCAGAUCCAUUUGCCAAGCACUGAUGGAAUUGGAUACUAAGACCUACGACACUGUCAAUAACUUGUGUAGGCCAAGGGAGUCUAGAAGAAGGCGCCAGGCUACCGAAAGCAAGUUCGGGGAUCAGAAGGGCAGCGAGGAGCCGGCCCUGGAUGCCCAGGCGGAGAAGGAGCUGGAUGAGGAGAUGGCGCAGGCUGCAGCGGAGCUUUUGAAGGGCAAGGAUAGCACCAGCAUCGAGGACUACGCCCAGGGAUGCGAAGUCAUGGAGGUCAGCUCCAAGGAGGCCAACGAAGCCACCUAUGCCGAAUGAUAUCUUAAACAGAACUUGAUUUAGAUUAAACAUAAAUAGCAUUAAAAGUAUAUAGCUUUUUAUAGCUGCUGUUUUCGUA